ACAAACCUCUACUGAUGAAACGACACCCAAAACUAAUCAAGGAGAAGGAAAACCAGAUGAUGAGAUUGUGAUUGAGUCACCUGCUGCUCAGACUCAAGUUUUGCAAAAAGAAACACUGGAAAUGAAUGAGACACCUUCUUCUCCAAUAUCUCCAAAGAGUAUUGAGGCUCAAGUUUUUACUCCAAUUCAGAAACAGCAGACGGUAACAGAGGAAACGUAUGAGGCUACACAGCCAUUGACUGAGAUCAUUUCAGCAAACAAUAAAAAGGAGGAUACACAUGCUGUGCAUUACAGACCUUCCUCUCCAUUGUCUUCACUAAUUGCACUAGUUAUUGAAGAAAAUAAGAAUGCUUUGAGUGAGACAGAAACUGCGACCCAAUAUUUUUCUACAAGUGAAGGAGAGCAUUCACAAUCAAGCAGGAAGAAUCAAGAAGAAGAAUAUCUCAAGGAUACUACAGAAGCUACUACUGAGCUAGUUUCCACAGAUGUUUCGAAGACACAGCCUCUUACUCCGCAAACACAGCACCUUCAGACAAGUGAGGGAGAUCAAUCCGAUGAGACACCAUCAGAGCAGAAUCAAGCAGAAGAAAAUCUCAAGGAUACUACAGAACCUACUACUGAGCUAGUUUCCACAGAUGUUUCGAAGAUGACGCCUAUUACUGUGCAAACAGAGCAUCUUCAGACAAGUGCUAUAGAUUUUUCAGAAACAAACGAGGUUGAAGUAAGCAGGCUUCUAGCUCACUUUCAAAUAGGCGCAGAGGUUGAGAUUUUGUCUACUGAUGACGAAAUAUGGUAUCCAGGAAAGGUUGUUGAUCUUAAAAUGUGUGAAGGACUAGAGGAGCUGACAGUUGAGUACACGACACUCUUCACAGACCAACAUAGACUUCAGAAACUUCAGGAUACUAUCACGGCUGACAAAAUACGUCCUGCAACACCAACUAGUGACCAAAAAUCCUUUGAGAUGAUGGAUAAGGUAGAAGCCUUCUACAACAAUGGCUGGAGCAGCGGACAAAUUAGCAUGGUACUUGGUGAUAACACAUACUCGGUGUGUCUCUAUACUUCUAUGGAAACUAUUCUAUUCAAACAUUCAGAUUUGCGAAUUCAUAGAGAAUGGAAAGAUGGAGUCUGGAAGAUGGCAGAUAAGGUGAAGCCUGAUAAGAAAAGGAAAGCUGCUGCCUCAUCACAAAAUUCAGGAAUGGAUAAUGUUUUCCUAAGAAGGAGCGAGAGGGUGCCUAAACGAUCUAGAGACACAAAAACUCCAUUCAAGUCUGACAGAAAUCCGGCUUUAACUGUAAUACCUGAGAUUAUACCUGCAGUUGAUCCGUUUUCAACUCCUGCGGAACAUAAGCUUUCAAGGCUUCAAAAUUGGAUGACAUUAAAGCCCGGCAUGCAUGAAACGUCCCUAUCAAUCAAUGAUAAUAAGAUAAGGAAAUCUUUCUUUCAAAGCAUGGAAAAUGCAAAAAAGGACCUUAAGAAAGAGCACAUUGAUGGAGCCUUUGCAAUGCUAAAUUGCAGAAGAAAUGAGAAUGCUGCUUGGUUCCACAACUACAAGAUUCCAAAGGCGUGCUUCCUACCUAUGGAGUUCUUGCAUUGCUUGCUCUCUGAUGAUUUGGCUUACAAGAAAGAAAAGGUCAAAGGUAAAAAGAUUUUCAACGAUUUAUUUAAAGAUACUGUGAGAGGGAAGGUAUAUCCAGAGAAGACAUGGGGAGAAGAUGUUGAUGUUGUGUAUGGGAUUACUCUUGGAAAAAAAAGCAAUGUCUGGAUUGGGAUGGAAAUUCAUUUGAAGAAGAAAAGAAUCACAGUAUAUGAUUGUUUUCAAAAGGAAAGCAACAGCAUUGAUAUUCCUCAAGUGAAAAAGUUGGCAGUGUUGAUUUCUAAUCUGCUGGUGGAAUCUUCUGGUGAUGAGGUAGAUAAGGUGAAGAUGAUUCCAUUUGAGAUUGAGCAGGCACAAGGUUUACCCAAGACAAAACAUCCUUUCAACUGUGGGAUAUUUCUUGUCAAGAUUCUGGAGUGCCAGUCAUUGAAGAUAGGAGACAUGACAAAGAUUAAUGAUGACAAUGCAUUGGAGCUAAGGAGAACCUUGUCUUGUGAGAUCUUCAACCAAUUUGUGGAUGAGAGCUUUGGGAAAUGAGAAUGAUGCAUGAAAACAUUUUUUGUUUUAGUUAAGACUCGGUUUUAGUUAUGACUGUUUAUUUUGUUAUGUUGUUGGCGUCUGGUUACAUAAGAAAGAUUGGAAAGGAUAUCAAGUAUUUUAUUUGGGUAUCAUAUAUCUUGGAAGGUUAAAAUAAUGUUUCUGGAUGGGUUUCCAGAAAAAAAGUUAAGUGUUUCAAAUGUAAAAAAGAAUGAAAUGAGAUUAUAUACUAAGGAUUGGACAUGUAUAUGGUAAGCUUAAAAUUGUGAUGUUUACAGACAACAAAAAUUUAGAACCACAAAGGAUCGAACCCAGAGGGAGAGAGUCUGCGUAUUUGGAUAGUGUGGGAGUUUAGCCAAUAGGCCAAGAAGAAAUCAUCUGUUAAUGGAUUACAUUUAAUUUUAUUUAACUCCAAACUGUAACACAAAAAAAAAUUAAAAUAGAUUUUGAAUCCACCACAUAUCGAACCCGGGGAUAGAGAGACUUUUGAGUUAUAAAAUGCCUUGGUUUAACCGCUGGUCUGAGGAGAAUCAUCUGUUAAAGGAUUACAUUUAAUUUUAUUUAACUCCAAACUGUAACACAAAAAAAAAUUAAAAUAGAUUUUGAAUCCACCACAUAUCGAACCCGGGGAUAGAGAGACUUUUGAGUUAUAAAAUGCCUUGGUUUAACCGCUGGUCUGAGGAGAAUCAUCUGUUAAAGAAUAUACCAUAAGCAUACUUAACCCAAUUAAUAUAGGAUAGGUUUCCAAAACAAUACAUUUCGAUUGAAAAAAAACAAAACUCUUGCCGUCUCAACAAUCUCGCCGUUUCAAACUUCUCGAAUCUCACUCGUCUCCGCCUCUCGAAUCUCUCUCUCAUCUCCAUAUCUCUCGAUCUCCGACGAAAACCCAUCUCCAGAAACUCUCUCUCUCUCGAUCUUUUACGCGAGCUCUCUCUAUUCUCCGAGAAAAACCAUUUCUAGAGCUCUAUCUCUUGAAGGUAUGUUGCAGAUUCAACCUUAUGUGUGUUUUCUUUCUGAGAGAUUGGUCUCCUGGUUUUUGCUUGUGUAUAGACUUGCUCGUUUUAACCUAAUAUGCAUGUGUAUAGACUUCAGGAAGGAUUUGUAUUGUUUCAGGAAACCAACACCUAAUAAAAAAUUUCUUGUUUACGCAGGAUAGAAACAAGAUGGGAGAUCCAUUACCAUUAAGACUAGCACUGCCUGAGCUGAGGUAUCCGAUUGGAUCAGAGCCAGAGAAGACGAUAUCGAUAAACCAACACUCGAUAGUUGCUUAUAUCAAAACUGUUAAGGAAAUUCUAGGAAAUGAUGAGUUCAACAGAAUAAGAGGGACGUUUUUGGGACCGGUGAUCAAGCUUGGAGAGAGGUCUUUGAAAUUAUCAGCUAAGAUAGUGCACGCAGUUCUCACCAAAAGCAUCAAGACAGUGAAGAGACACGAAGCAUGGUUCCAUUUUGGUGCUCAGCCAAUGAGGUUCUCUAUAAGAGAAUUCCACAUGGUGACUGGUUUGAAAUGUAGUGGUGAAGCAAGAGAACCACGAGAGGGGACCGAGAAAUUUAAGUGGGACUUCCUAAAAGGGCGUACUCAUACAGUAAAGGACGUGGAGAAGCAGCUCAGAAACACAAGAGAAGAUGCUUCUGAUGAGAGAUUCUGCCUUGCAAUGCUCCUCCUGAUUGAGAGCAUACUACUACAGAAGAGCCUUCUCGACGGUGGCACAACUUUUACUUUGGAUUAUGUGAAAAUAGCGCAGGAUAUGGAUGUCUUGAUGACAUACCCAUGGGGGAGAACAGCUUAUAAUUUGCUGUUAAAAUCACUUCAGAGAGCUGUCGACAAAAGCCUCGACAAAAACAAUUAUGAUUUGCAAGGGUUCCCUAUGGCAUUUCUUAUAUGGAUACUUGAGUCAGUACCUUUGCUACAGUAUGCAUUCAGUCAAGUUGUUCCUAUUCUGAGCGUUCAACCGUCUACCCCAAUAUUUUUGUGUGAGAAGUACCUUCAAAUAGCUUCUCCACAGCUGAUAGAUGUUCUCCUAAUUGAAAUCAAAGAUCAUGUAAGUUUUUACAUUAUUUUUUUCUUGUUUUGCCUUAUGAUUCUCCAUUUAAAAGCUAAUUAUUUUUAUGGUUUCAGCUUAAGGUCACAUGCAUCCUACCUCCUAUUUCUAAUGAUCCAGAAGCUGAUGUUUGCAUGGAAGACGAAGCUAAUAAAGAUCUGGAUGACAUGGCCGAUUUAUCCAAGAGAGGUUAUAAGUUUAAAAUUAGAGAUUGGCGAAACA